CGCUCGUGUCAGUCGCCAUCGUGCGGGGCAGAUCCGAAGCGUUGCGGUGAUUUCACGCCUCCCGUGUUGUUGUGGUGUUUUUCUCCCACAACCCCCCCCCUUCUCAUCCCCCAACUCGUGAGGUGCGGGACCAACUGACUGGCGCUGGAGCGAUGAAGGGAGAGGCGGAAGUGAAGUCACUUGACAGACCGUCCAUGUUAUUAUUGUUAUUUUCUCGCUAGCCCUGUGAUGAGACGCGCUGGGGAGCCGGGGCUCUCCGAGACGACGACAGGCACCGCCACCGCAGGCCGCCCCGGACCGACGCCAAGCGCACCCUCGCUGCCCCGGGAGACAGGAGCCUCGCUGCCGGCUGCGGGGUGAGGGAGGUGGAGGGUGUGAGGACCGACACACACACACCGAGAGAGACCCACAAUAACACGGCGACAGACACAAUAAGGGCUCGGCUGGUGUGUGCGGGCUGUGGCACGGAGGUUCCGCCGCCGCCGCAGACAUGAACGGUAUCACCAAGGGCCGGUUCGAGGUGUUCUCAAACAGCGACGAAGCCCCCAUUAACAAGAAGCUCCCUAAAGAGCUUCUUCUUAGAAUAUUCUCCUAUUUAGAUGUGGUAACGCUCUGUAGAUGUGCACAAGUAUCAAAGGCGUGGAAUGUCCUGGCCCUCGAUGGCAGCAACUGGCAGAAGAUCGACUUGUUCAACUUCCAGACCGACAUCGAGGGGCGGGUGGUGGAGAACAUUUCCAAGCGUUGUGGAGGCUUCCUGAGGCAGCUGAGCCUCAGGGGCUGUCUGAGCGUGGGAGAUGCAUCCAUGAAGACGUUUGCUCAGAACUGCAGGAACAUCGAAGUGUUGAACUUAAACGGUUGCACCAAGAUCACCGACAGCACCUGCCUCAGCCUCAGCAAGUUUUGCUCGAAACUCAAACAACUAGAUCUCACCUCCUGCGUGUCCAUCAGCAACCACUCCCUCAAGGCUGUCAGUGACGGCUGCAGAAUGCUGGAGAUGUUGAACCUGUCGUGGUGUGACCAGAUCACACGUGACGGCAUCGAAGCUCUCGCGAGAGGCUGCAACGGUUUACGAGUGCUGUUCCUCAGAGGCUGCACACAGCUGGAAGAUGGAGCAUUGAAGCACCUUCAGAAACACUGCCCAGAACUCACCACUAUCAACAUGCAGUCUUGCACACAAAUAACAGAUGACGGCCUGGUCAGUCUGUGCCGGGGAUGUCACAAGCUACAGAUUCUCUGUGUGUCUGGCUGCGGUAACAUCACGGACGCCUCCCUCACUGCUCUGGGACUCAACUGUUCCAAUCUUAAGAUUCUUGAAGCUGCACGAUGCUCCCAUGUUACCGACGCUGGGUUCACGGUGCUGGCCAGGAAUUGUCACGAGCUUGAAAAAAUGGACUUAGAAGAAUGUAUUUUGGUGACAGAUAACACCCUGGUUCAGCUGUCCAUCCACUGCCCUCGUCUGCAAGCACUGGUAAACAUUCACACCUUCAGCCCUGAGUUAGUGCCAGGCCCUGCCUCCUCCUGUCUGCAUGCUUAUGGAGCUUUAAUCCAUCUAUCUCCCUGUGUGCUGUGCCCCGGACAGUCCCUCUCCCACUGCGAGCUGAUCACAGAUGAUGGCAUCAGAGCUCUGAGCAGCAGUACCUGUGGCCAAGAGCGCCUCACUGUGGUGGAGCUGGACAACUGCCCCCUCAUCACGGACGUCACCCUUGAGCACCUGAAGAGCUGCCAUCGUCUGGAGCGCAUUGAGCUCUACGACUGUCAGCAAGUCACCAGGGCCGGCAUCAAACGCAUCCGGUCCCAUCUUCCGGAGAUCAAGGUCCACGCCUACUUCGCUCCAGUGACACCCCCUCCCUCUGUACAUGGAGGUGGCCAGCGUCUGUGCCGCUGCUGCAUCAUCCUCUGACAGUGGAGGGCCAGGGGGGGCCACCUCUGUCUACAGGUCCUGCUGCUCUGAUAUGGGCUGAA